GCUAUCGACGCAGCGCGGCAGGCGAAGAUAAUGGGCAACGCCGCGUCAAGUGUAGGGGCGGUGCCCGGGUCGGGAGGGGGCGGGCCCAUCUCCACGGCCAGCUCCACGCAAAGGAAGAGACAACACUAUAGCUCCAAGCCCAAGAAACAGACUACAACGACAGCCACAAGGCCGCCACGGGCCCUGCUCUGUCUCACACUCAAGAACCCCAUCCGCAGGGCCUGCAUCAGCAUCGUAGAGUGGAAACCAUUUGAAAUCAUCAUCCUGAUGACCAUUUUCGCCAAUUGUGUGGCCUUAGCUGUCUACAUCCCCUUCCCCGAGGAUGACUCAAACGCCACCAACUCCAACCUGGAGCGUGUGGAGUAUCUUUUCCUCAUCAUUUUCACGGUGGAGGCUUUCCUGAAGGUAAUAGCCUACGGCCUGCUCUUCCACCCCAACGCCUACCUGAGGAACGGCUGGAAUCUGCUCGACUUCAUCAUCGUAGUUGUAGGGUUAUUCAGUGCGAUCUUGGAGCAGGCCACAAAAGGCGACGGGGCCACUCCUAUUGGAGGGAAGGCAGCGGGCUUCGAUGUCAAGGCUCUGAGGGCCUUCAGAGUACUCAGACCCCUCAGACUGGUCUCUGGAGUACCCAGUUUACAGGUAGUGUUGAACUCCAUAAUCAAAGCCAUGGUUCCUCUGCUCCACAUCGCCCUGCUGGUCCUCUUCGUCAUCAUCAUCUAUGCCAUCAUCGGCCUGGAGCUCUUCAUGGGCAAGAUGCACAAGACCUGCGCUCAUGAGCAAACAGGCACCUUUACGGAAAAAAAGCCGGCACCAUGUGCGCCUGAGGGAGCUUACGGUCGAAAUUGUAUGCACAAUGGAACCCACUGUAAGGUGGGGUGGGAGGGCCCGAACGACGGCAUCACUAACUUUGACAACUUUGCCUUCGCCAUGUUGACGGUGUUCCAGUGUAUAACCAUGGAGGGCUGGACGGAAGUGCUGUACUGGAUGCAGGAUGCUAUGGGCUAUGAGCUGCCAUGGGUCUAUUUUGUCUCUCUCGUCAUCUUCGGCUCCUUUUUCGUUCUCAAUCUCGUUCUGGGGGUGUUGAGCGGAGAGUUUUCCAAGGAGAGAGAGAAGGCCAAAGCACGUGGUGACUUCCAGAAACUCAGAGAAAAACAGCAGCUAGAGGAGGACCUCAAGGGCUAUUUAGACUGGAUCACUCAGGCUGAAGACAUUGACCCAGAGAAUGAAGAGGAGGGCAUGGACGAUGACAAACCUAGAAACCUGAGCAUGCCAGCCAGUGAGAAUGAAUCCGUCAACACAGACAACGCCCCCGGGGGAGACGUGGAGGGGGAGACCUGCUGUACCCGGCUAGCAAAUAGGAUCUCCAAAUCCAAGUUCAGUCGAUACUCUCGGAGGUGGAACAGGCUGUGUAGGAGGAAGUGCCGGGCAGCGGUCAAAUCGCAGAUUUUCUAUUGGCUGGUCAUCUUCUGGUUUUCCUCAACACUCUUACCAGUCCGCCUCUGAACAUCACCAGCAUAGCCUCAGUGGUUAACUGAUGUACAGACAUUGCCAAACAAGGUGUUGCUAGCACUCUUCACCGGCGAGAUGCUGUUAAAGAUGUACAGUCUUGGGUCACAGGCGUACUUUGUUUCGCUCUUCAAUCGCUUCGACAGCUUUGUAGUUUGUGGUGGCAUUCUUGAGACCAUUCUGGUGGAAACCAAGGUUAUGUCUCCUCUGGGCAUCUCUGUGCUACGUUGCGUACGCUUGCUGCGAAUCUUCAAAAUAACCAGAUACUGGAACUCUCUGUCCAACCUGGUGGCGUCCCUGCUGAACUCUGUGCGCUCCAUCGCUUCCCUGCUGCUUCUGCUCUUCCUCUUCAUCAUCAUCUUUUCCCUGCUGGGCAUGCAGCUCUUCGGGGGAAAAUUCAACUUUGACGAGACCCGACGCAGCACCUUUGACAACUUCCCCCAGUCUCUGCUCACCGUGUUUCAGAUCCUAACAGGAGAGGACUGGAACUCUGUGAUGUAUGAUGGUAUCAUGGCGUACGGUGGACCGUCCUUCCCCGGCAUGCUGGUCUGCAUCUACUUCAUCAUCCUCUUCAUCUGCGGAAACUACAUCCUACUGAAUGUCUUCUUGGCCAUCGCUGUUGACAAUCUAGCAGACGCUGAGAGCCUGACAUCUGCCCAGAAAGAAGAGGAAGAGGAGAAGGAGAGGAAAAAACUGGCCAGGUUGGCCAUCCCAGAAAAGCGUCUAGCCAACGAGAAGCUGCCCCUGGAGGAGAAGAAGAAGGAGAAGAAGAAGAAGAAGAAGGAGAUAGAGCUGAAGUCCAUCACUUCCGAUGGAGAGGCCAACACUGCCACAAAGAUUAGCAUAGGUGACUACUGUGGAGAUGAGAGUGAGGAGAAGAACCCAUAUCCUGCCAACGACUACAUAGGAGACGAUGAGGAGGAGGAGCCUGAAAUGCCGGUGGGUCCGAGGCCGAGACCACUCUCCGACGUUCAGUUGAAGGAGAAGGCCAUUCCCAUGCCUGAGGCCCGCGCUUUCUUCGUCUUUGGUCACGAUAACAAAUUCAGGGUUCUGUGUCAUAAGAUAGUCAACCACAACAUCUUCACCAACCUCAUCCUCUUCUUCAUCCUGCUGAGCAGCAUCAGUCUGGCUGCAGAGGACCCGGUCAAGAAUGACUCCUUCAGAAACCAGAUCCUGGGAUAUGCAGAUCAUGUUUUCACUGGACUCUUCACCAUUGAGAUCAUUCUUAAGAUGACAGCCUAUGGGGCCGUCCUCCAUAAAGGUUCAUUCUGUAGAAACUAUUUCAAUAUUCUGGACCUGGUGGUUGUCAGUGUGUCCCUCAUCUCCUCUGGAAUACAGUCCAGUGCCAUUAACGUGGUGAAGAUCCUGAGGGUCCUGCGGGUGCUCAGACCACUGAGGGCCAUCAACAGAGCCAAAGGACUGAAGCAUGUAGUGCAGUGCGUGUUUGUGGCAAUCCGGACCAUCGGCAACAUUGUCAUCGUCACCACGCUGCUCCAGUUCAUGUUUGCCUGCAUUGGAGUACAACUCUUUAAGGGCAAGUUCUUCACCUGUACUGACAGCUCCAAACAAACGUAUGCAGAGUGCAGGGGUUCCUACAUUAUGUAUAAGGAUGGUGAUGUGGGGAAGCCUGAAAGAGCCCUGAGACUGUGGGAGAACAGCGACUUCAACUUCGACAAUGUCCUGCAAGGCAUGAUGGCUCUGUUUGCUGUGUCUACCUUCGAGGGCUGGCCAGAGUUAUUGUACCGAGCCAUAGACUCUCACACCGAGGACGUUGGGCCCAUCUACAACUACCGCGUGGUCAUCUCCAUCUUCUUCAUCAUCUACAUCAUCAUCAUCGCCUUCUUCAUGAUGAACAUCUUCGUCGGUUUCGUCAUUGUCACGUUCCAGGAGCAAGGAGAGCAAGAGUAUAAGAACUGUGAGCUGGACAAGAACCAGCGUCAGUGUGUGGAGUACGCUUUGAAGGCACGUCCAUUGCGGCGCUACAUCCCCAAGAACCCCUACCAGUAUAAGGUGUGGUAUGUGGUCAACUCCACCUACUUUGAGUACCUGAUGUUCACACUCAUCCUUCUCAACACCAUCUGUCUGGCCAUGCAGCAUCAUGGACAGACAAAAGGCUUCAAUGAUGCCAUGAACAUCCUCAACAUGCUCUUCACUGGACUCUUCACUGUGGAGAUGAUCCUAAAACUGAUCGCCUUCAAACCCAGGGGGUACUUUAGUGAUCCCUGGAAUGUGUUUGAUUUCCUCAUCGUAAUUGGCAGCAUAAUAGACGUCAUUCUCAGUGAGAUCAACCCAGCUGACUCCUCCUCGUCCUCGUCCUCCUCCUCUUCGCCCUCCUCCUCCUCCUCUUCCUCCUCUCACCCCCCUGUGGUAAGGCCAAUGGGGCUGCAGAACUCUGAAGAGAACGCCAGGAUCUCCAUCACCUUCUUCCGGCUGUUCCGCGUGAUGAGGCUGGUGAAGCUGCUGUCGCGCGGGGAAGGGAUUCGGACCCUGCUGUGGACCUUCAUCAAAUCCUUCCAAGCUCUGCCCUACGUAGCUCUGCUUAUAGUGAUGCUAUUCUUCAUAUACGCUGUGAUCGGCAUGCAGAUGUUUGGUAAGAUAGCGCUGCGGGAUGGCACAGAGAUCAACAGGAACAACAAUUUCCAGACGUUCCCUCAGGCAGUCCUGCUGCUCUUCAGAUGUGCAACAGGUGAGGCGUGGCAGGAGAUCAUGCUGGCAUGCUAUCUCAAUAUGCCGUGUGAGAAAGGAUCGACCAAUGAGAACAACUUGGCCCACGAGGACUGUGGCAGCCAGUUCGCCAUCAUUUACUUUGUCAGCUUCUACAUGCUCUGUGCCUUCCUGAUCAUCAACCUGUUUGUGGCCGUCAUCAUGGACAACUUUGAUUACCUGACACGUGAUUGGUCAAUCCUGGGGCCACAUCAUCUUGACGAAUUCAAGAGGAUCUGGGCUGAAUAUGACCCAGAAGCUAAGGGGAGGAUAAAGCACCUGGACGUGGUGACUCUGCUGCGGAGAAUCCAGCCUCCUCUGGGUUUUGGAAAGCUCUGUCCACAUAGGGUGGCCUGCAAGCGUCUGGUGUCGAUGAACAUGCCUCUGAACAGCGAUGGAACCGUCAUGUUUAACGCCACACUGUUUGCUCUGGUCAGAACCGCACUCAGGAUCAAGACGGAUGGUAACCUGGAGCAAGCCAACGAGGAGCUGAGGGCGAUAGUGAAGAAGAUCUGGAAGAGAACCAGCAUGAAGCUCUUGGAUCAAGUAGUGCCUCCUGCUGGAGAUGAUGAGGUAACAGUCGGGAAGUUCUACGCCACCUUCCUCAUUCAGGAAUAUUUCCGCAAGUUUAAGAAGAGGAAAGAACAAGGGCUGGUGACCAAGGUGGCCCCCAAAACAGCCCUUUCUCUGCAGGCGGGCCUGCGGACAUUACAUGACAUCGGCCCAGAGAUUCGGAGGGCCAUCUCCGGAGACCUGACCGUGGAGGAGGAGCUGGAUAAAGGCAUGAAGGAGCCUGUGUCUGCUGCAUCCGAGGAUGAUAUCUUCAGGCGGUCAGGUGGGUUGUUCAGCAACCACGUCAACUACUACAACCAGAGCGAUGGCCACGCUUCCUUCCCACAGUCCUUCACUACCCAGCGUCCCUUGCACAUCAGCCAGAAGGGCUCCCCUUGUGAAGGCGAGAGCCCGUCCCACGAGAAGCUCAUGGACUCGACUACUUUUACCCCUUCGUCCUACUCUUCCUCCGGCUCCAACGCCAACAUCAACAAUGCCAACAACACAAGCAUGAUCGGGGUGCCGCCCCAGGGCACCAGCCGAUUCCCAAGCCCGUCAAUAAGCACUGUGGACGGGCACACGGAGCAGCCGCUCACCCCCAUCCUACUGCCAAGAUCUGCAUGGUGCUUUCCUCCAAAGAGCUCGGACUCCACGGACAGCCGCCUGCCGAUCAUCCGACGAGGCGACGGGUCGACGGAGGAGACGUACGACGAGAGCUACGGAGACAACAGGAAGUACCUAGAGGACGACCACUCGCUCUCCUCUGACAUGCUGGUAUAUCAGGAUGAAACAUGUAAGCAGUUGACUCCAAUGGAGGAAGGAGAGGAGGGAGAAGACAGAAGAGGAGGAGGAGGGUGGCAGUCUCCCAGGAGAGUCUUCCUCUGCCCCACUUCUCUAGGGCGGAGAUCGUCUUUCCAUCUGGAGUGUCUGAGGAGACAUUCAAGGCCGGACGUCUCCCAGAAGACUUCUGUACCCUUACACCUUGUACAUCAUCAGGCUCUGGCAGUGGCAGGACUGAGCCCUCUGCUCAGAAGGAGUCACUCCCCCACCCUCUUCAGUCGGCUGUGCUCCACGCCUCCAGCCAGUCCCACAGCCACUGGCAGUGACCCCUCCUACCGACGAGUGCCUUCUCUGAGGCUGGAGGGCACGAGCUCCCAUGAGAAGCUCAACACCAGCCUGCCCUCUGUCAACUGUGGGCCCUGGUACAACGACAGUAAUGGGAACAGCCGAGGGCCAAGUCCUAGCCCCAACCCCAGUGUGUCCAAUCAGAGACCACCGCGGCCAGUGUCGCUCACAGUGCCCUCGCUACUGGGAAAAGACUCCAGCUCCCUGUGUCACGGCAGCGCAGGGAGUCUGGUGGAGGCGGUGCUAAUAUCAGAGGGUUUGGGUCAGUUCGCCCAGGACCCGUCUUUCAUCGAGGUGACUAAAGCCGAGCUGGCGGACGCAUGCGACAUGACCAUCGAGGAGAUGGAGCAGGCGGCCAACAACAUUCUCAACGGUAACACCGCGGCCAACGUCACAUCCAGCACCUCCUCCACCUCCCAGCACAGCCCCAGUGGCAACCUCCUCCCCUUCCACACAGCAGCAGCACCGCACAGGGACCGAGCGCUCAGCGAGGGCGGGGGGGAGGCCGGGGGGAGCAGAGGCUCCAUCCAUGGGCCGUCCUCAGAGGAGGAGAGGCAGGAGCUGCUAGCAGGUGUGAGGGGACAAGAAGAGGAGGAGGAAGAGGCAGGAGGGACGGAGGAGGGGCAGCACAGAAGCUCGGUUGUGAUUGGAGGAGCGCGGCAGAGGAACAGCGGGCUGUUGGAAGACGAGGAUAUGGAGUGUGUGACGAGUUUGUAGGAAUAGUGAAGGGUUCGAUUGGCCAACUGGCCCCUCUGACAUCAUCAGAGACUGACGCCUGUCAGUGCUGGGUAACAGCGCCGAGGCUGGCUCUGUCUGUCCCCCCCCACACACUCACACACUGUCUGCCUCUCUGCCAGACCAACCGCUCUGGACAAUGGCGGCCAGUGACGCAACCUUAAACACCGGGUUAUGACUCUGUUAGUCUGUAUGUGUGUGAAUGUUUGUAGUCAAGUAUACCACACUAUACUCUAUACUAUCUGAGUGUAUGCUUGUGUGUGUGUGUGAGAUCUAUGAUUUUCUCUAUUUGUACGUAAGUGCGUGUGUUCUCCACACGUGUCUGAGUGUGUCUCUAAAGUGCCUCACAGUUUUAUCAUGUCCUCAAAGUGUGAAAAGCAGAUGAGUAAAGAAAAGCAAAAAAGGUCAGGGGAAAGUAGGGAUGGGGAAAGGUAGAAAGGAAACAACAGAAGCAGGAAGUACUUGUAUGGACUUCCUGCAGUCAACAUAUUGUGGUAAUUGUUUUCAUUUCCUCUGCCUACUUUGGUGUUGUGUUAUUGUUGUUUGUCUGGCCGCCAUGAAGUCAGGUAGGGGACAGCAGACCAGCUUGUGAGGGGGUCAGUUAAGAAUUUAAAUCUGACCGCACCCACCACUCGUGGUCAAAGGUCAACUCCUCCUUCUCGGUUCACUGAUGAUGAAGCGCUGUAUUGAGUAAACAGGGGCGAGGAAAACCCUGUUUGAAAUCUCAUUUCUCUUCCUCUUCCAAAGCUAAGGAACCUUGGAGCACAGCCCUGCCAGCCUGGGGGGGGGGAUUAAGGUGAUACACCACCCCCAGCCAAGGGGGGAAGGAUUUGAGGGAUGGACCAACAGCCACAACAGAGCUUCUGUUAGGCGCCACGGGCAGAGCGACACACUCUGGCCAACAGGAAGCUAGCCAGCCCUUUCACCCGCUGGUCAGUAAGAUGUCAGCAGGAGAAAAACUCACCUUGAUCUGGCUCCACCUCCUCCGCCACUUUUCUUGUUUGGCCACGCCUACUUCCUGCCUCAAACAGGAAAUGGGAGGAGCAUUUGGUGGCUAAGCAGACACAGCGAGCCCCCUUUUCUGCCUCAUACCUCACCGCUCCUCACUCCUCCCUCUCUCCUUCCUCACUCCUCUUUGGAUAUUCUACCAUUCCUCUCGCUCCUACGCCGGGAUUUUGCUUUUUGUCACCCUGGGGAGGUGAGUGAGAACACGGCAACAGAGAUGGAGGGUUGAGAGAGCUGGAGUGACCGAUUGAAAGAAAACAGACUCUGGGCAUGGAUCUACAGAGGAUCUGUCCAUCAAUCAACCUCACUUCCUUCUCCGAGACCCUCCUCUUCCUCUCAGAGUGGAAUCCUAUUGGAUUUGCUGCCACACACUCUCCCUACAGAAACGCCCACUAUGUAUUUAACAGUUGAAUAUUGUGCAAAACUGGCUAGCCAUGACUAUUUUGUUUUAAAUUCAUGAUGUUAUUGGUUUAAUUUAUCCUUGAUUUGUUUGCACAAUCGGGGUGCUGGUCUUAUAAAUGUAUUUUUGCUUGGUUUAUUUUAGGAGAAUUUUAAGAGGUUUUAAGUAUUGAAGCAGGGCGUAGUGUUUGCGUGCGAGUGUAUAACUAUAUUUGUGAGUGCGGGUGUGUAUCUGCGUUUUAGUACAGAAUGUAUGUACGUACGAAUGUGUGAGAUAGCGUGUGUAUCUACAAGGGGGGUCUUUCUCUCUAAAAGUAUGCACCUUUUACAGAUUGUAUCUAUUUAUUUAUUUAUUUUUCCCAGAAGAGAAAAAAAUGUGUGUUAGGAUAUGCGUUUCUUUCUGUGCGUGCCUGUGUCCGAGCGGUUACUUAUGUAUUCUAAAAAGCUGCUUUUAAGCCUAGACAGUAAAUUAAGGUAGCAUUACAAGUAUGGUAUUCUGUGAGGGUGUGGGUGUGAGUGUGUAUGUGUGUGUGUGAGUGAUAAUGGGCCUCCUUAACACAGGGUUACCAUGGACAGGCAUGCUUCCAAAGCUUUGUGAUUUCUUUAGCACGGUUUUUACUUUUUCGCCAAGCUGCACAGCCACUCUAUCGUUGAAAAUGACUCAUUAAAAAAGGUUUCUUCAUUUCUGUGUUUAGAGGCGGUCAGGUCUCCAGCAGGGUGGGAGGGGCGGUUCAGUUUACAGUGGUAAUGAAUCUGCGCAUUGCAGCUUGGCUAAAAGGGAACAGGCCUUUUGGCACUUGCUGCUGUUCUUCUUUAUGGUGGAUGGUUGCUCUGAAUGGUAGAAGCACCAAAUUCACACUG